AACUGGUGAGGGAAAACCCACCUAUUUUCUAUGGAAAAAGAACUAAAAAAGAACACAAAGACCUGACCUUGUUCUUUCCUUCUGCGUCCUUCAGACUCUUUUUCCUAUCCACCGCCAUGGGUCAGCAAGCCAGUAAACAGCAUGGUCCCUUGACAUUUGCUUACAUCAAUAAAGCCGCUCCCGAACCGGCUUCGGAUACCGUGGACCAACCAGAACCAGCAACAAGAUUGCAGGAUUUCGUCUUGGCCAAUCCACACCUGUAUCGAUUGGAAAUGGCUUGUGAAAAUCAUUGCAAUCAAAACAAGCAAGCGAUACCUGCGGCUGGAUCCGAAGAAGUCAACGACGAUAUGAUUGUCGCCACCGCUGUGGCCGAAGAAUGUGCCAUCUGUCGUAAAAGUAAGCGGCUAUCGUUGGUACGCAACGAUUUGGCCAAUGAUUUGGAGUAUGUCGACAAGACCUAUUACCCCAAUAUUAUUCACUACAUGAGCAACGACGAUCCUAUGGAACGGGAACUGCUGCAGUUGGAAUCCGCCAAUGGACCCGUCGACAAUACCCAUCGAGAAGUGACCAAGUUGACUAUUGGUGAAGUCACCCCCACUCGACGUCGUCCUCGACGCUUGACCAGUCCGUCCGUCGCCGUUGAUUUGUCGGGAAAAUCCUUGAUCAAGCUCAGUCCCAGUAUCGCCUUUUUGCACAAUCUGACCAAACUCAACCUAUCACAUAACAAGAUGAAGAGUCUUCCACCGGAAAUUGGGUACCUGAAAUCGUUGCGAUUCCUGAAUGCGUCGCAUAAUGAAUUGGAAGAAAUUCCGGAUACCAUCUCGUUCUUGUCCAAACUUAAAGUGCUCAAUCUUGGAUUCAAUCAGCUGCAACAGUUGCCUGAAUCCAUGGGUGAUUUACCAAAACUAGUCAUCGUCAUUCUCAACGAUAACAAAUUAACGCAACUGCCUCCGGAAAUGGCCAAUUUACACGAUCUCAUCUCGCUCAACGUUUCCAAAAAUCCCUUGAAAUCUUUGCCGGCCGAAAUCGCCACACUGCAGUCUUUACGCCGUCUUGCUGCCGAAGACUGCGACUUUGUCGAACAGUUUGAAUACCCUAUUCAUCACGAUCCUCCCUCACUGUUCGAACAAUGUGCACGUAUUGCCGUCCGUGCACAGCUUUCCAUUCCCACUCAUAUGUCCGCCCAUAUCAAGGAGUAUCUUGCUCAACCCAAGGUGUGCUCCUUUUGUCGUGGCCCCUUUUUCGAAUCCUUUGUUGUCAGAGGUCGCUUCAUUGAGCGCGUCAUCCGUCAGCCCAUCGCGCUCGAAUAUCGUCUGUGCAAAGCUCACUGGACCGAUAAUGAAGACCGUAUCCGUGCUCUCUUUGCCGACACACCAGCCACGGCCACCCCAAUCGCCGAUUCUUGCAAUCCGUACAUCGACACGGAAGGCUUGGAACCAACCACUUCCAGUCCCUCUCUGGGUGUAUGGAAUCGGUCACGGACGUACAGUGGGGGUAGUCGAUCUUUGGCCGGAAUAUCAGCUCGGUCCAUUUCUUUAGGCCCCAAUCGCAACAUGGCCGAAUUUGAAGAUUUCUUUCCUCAAUCCAUUCCUAUCCAGGCCCUUCGUAGUCAUCCCAGUUUACCGGCCAUGCCCACACUUGAAACCGCCGACAGCAUCGAAGAAACCCCCUCAGCGUCCUCUUCUCACUCACGUCCCAAACUACGUCCCAGAGCGUCGUCCAGCGCCUCGGUCACGAAGCGUCUAGCUGGUUUCUUAUCCUUUCGAUCCGAUAAAGUUGUCCGCUCUUACAGCAGUUCCUCACUUCGUCGUCAAGUGGAAGACGUUUCUCUCAACAACACGCCUUUCCGAUUGCAUGAGAACGUCGAUGAGCGACCGCUGCCUCCUGCAUUGUCCAACGAUUCCUCACUGAUUCACAUUGCUACCAGCAACAACGCCCUUCAGGCCAAUCACGUUUCCGACAUGAUUCCCAGUCUUUCCCUGGAUCCGUCUUUGGAAAUCGUCGAUGCCUCCGCCUCUGACCGAUCUGCUGUGCAGUCUGUCAAAACCUCCAAACUGUUGCGCGACACUUAUUUGCAUCAGCAUCGGGAUCGUAGUGGCACCGUCUAG